AUGACAUUCUUCGCGCUAUUCUUGGCCGUUUCCUCCCUCGCCAUCGCCGAACAACCCUCCGCACCAUCACCGAUCGCAGCGCCACUCCGCGAGCUACCCUGGGGCAAGCUCAACUUCCUACACACCACAGACACACACGGUUGGCACGGCGGACAUCUACAAGAGGCACAAUACUCGGCCGACUGGGGCGACUACAUCUCCUUCGCGCACCAUCUACACAAACGAGCGGACGAUGAAGGCAGCGACCUUCUGCUCGUCGAUACGGGCGACCGCGUAGAAGGUAACGGCCUCUACGAUGCGAGCGAUCCAAAGGGAAAAUACGCAUUGGAUAUUGUGAAGCAGCAGAGCAUCGACAUCGUGACGGUGGGCAACCAUGAGCUUUAUCUGAAGAACACCAGCAUCCGUGAGUACGAGUCGGUGGUGCCGGACUUUAAGAACUCGUACAUUGCAAGCAAUUUGGACAUCUACCAUCCCAAGACGGGAGAGCGCGUAGCUCUGGGACAGCGAUUUCGGAAAUUCACGACCAAGAAUCAAGGAAUCCGGAUCGCGGCCUUCGGAUUUCUCUUCAACUUCAAGGGAAACGCCAACAACACCAUCGUACAGCCGGUAGAGGAAACAAUCAAAGAGCAGUGGUUCAAGGACGCGAUCAAGGACAAGGAUGUUGAUCUCUUCGUUGUGGCCGGCCAUGUUCCUGUGAAAGAGACCCCAGAGUAUGAUGCAGUCUACAAGGCUAUUCGUGGUGCCAACUGGGAUACACCUAUUGCGUUCUUCGGCGGACACACACAUAUCAGAGAUUACCGCAAGUUCGACAAGAAGGCGUGGGGUAUUGAGAGCGGUCGAUACAUGGAGACGCUGGGUUUCAUGUCAAUCUCCGGUCUAAGCACGGGCAAGAAGAGCGAGAUCUCCGCGGAUGCGACACCGACAUACCGCAGAAUGUACAUUGACAACAACCUGUACUCUCUGCACAGCCAUUCCAGGACGAACAAAAGCACUUUCGAUACGGAUCUGGGUCGCAAUGUUUCCAAGUCGAUUGCUGCGGCCAGGAAAGAGCUCAAACUGGACCACGCUUUUGGCUGUGCGCCACAAGACUAUUGGAUCAGUCGUGCUCCGUACCCAUCCGACGACAGUUUGUUGACUUUGGUCGAGAAGGAGGUGAUUCCAGGAUCAUUCAACAACACCAAGAAUCCAUCGAUCGUCAUUACAAACACAGGAGCACUGCGGUUCGACAUCUUCAAGGGGCCUUUCACGAUCGACUCCACAUUCUUGAUCUCGCCAUUCACGAGCGGCUUCCGGACCAUCAAGGAUGUUCCGUACAAAGCUGCUAGCCAGGUGCUGCGGAUUUUGAACAGCGAGAACAGAAUCUUGCUAUCUGACCUAUCAGCAUCGGCGACCAAUGGACUUGAGGAUCUCUCGCCUCCUUUCGUACCAGCAAGCGUUCUGAGUCGAUCUGAAGCAGCAAAGGCACAAUCACAGGAUAUGUAUCCAAGCAAUGGGCAGACCGUCCUCGGGGGAAGCGGCGAUAGCAAGAACCCCCAGGUCCCCGGCUACACGACCACCGACGACGCCGGCACCGACGGCGACGACACAAUCCAUCAAGCGAUCAAGUUCUACGAUGUGCCGAACUGCAUUGGUGCGAAUAUCACCUCGACAGCCGGCGUCUCGAUCGCAGACGAGCCGGAUAAGGUCGACCUGGUCUACAAUGCAUUCGUGGAAGACUGGGUCCUGCUGGCUCUGGAGUACCUGGGCGAGAAACGCCAGAAGUCGGAUACACAAGUCGCGAUAGAUGGCAAGACUCUCACUGAUGUGCUGAGAGAUUGGGUGCAGGACAAUUGGCCGUGUAAGAGGGAUGAGUAAUGAGACCGCGCAGCAAGAAGUUACGAAGACAUGACGGCGUUUUGAUGGAUCAGCGUUAUAGGUUAUUGUACGUACAGCUUUGUCGACGUCCUCAAUCGAUCUGCUCUACGCUAUCAGUGGCA